AUGUCACGACGGACCUACUUAGAUCCCAAAUGGAAACCGGGCCCAUCGGCUCCCCGCAAUAACAAUCAACCGAAUUUCAACAGGCAGCAAGGCUUUGGGCGUCCAGCUCGUUUCAUGAAAUUCAAUGGAAGAAGAUCAUUUCAACCGCAAUUCAAGACGGUUUACAAUGGCAUUGAGGAUCGAGGGCAGGCCCCCGAUGAUAGCUCAGACGAUACCGAGGCGGGAAACAGGCGCCGUGAAGUUCGCAAACGCGUUCGUACUCAGAUCGAUCGAAUUGUCGGGGAUGUCGAUGGAGUGAACUCGCAAUCGCCUCCACUAAAGCUGCACCGUGUUUAUACUGCUCAAAAUCGACGGAGCAGCGUCCUCAAACGCAUGGAAGACAUGAUUAGGGAAGAUAACGAUGAGAUAGACUGGGAUACGGAUGAUGAUCAACAUUCACAUCAAAACAAGCAACAAAAAGUCGAUGAACUGCAGACGUUUGAUGUGCGCAUACAAGCUAUCGCGAAACGUAUCAUGAAGCUAAAGGAAACACAACCGAUUGGCUGGGUCAAGGAGUUAGAAAAACUUGAAGCAAUGCAGCUUUCAUUGGAAGAAAAGCGCUUCGACUUAAUGCAAACACAGCCUAGCAACUCUAAACGUUUGCCUAAUCAUCCACAAUUGGGGAGACGUCGUUCUUCUCGAUGUGAAAAACAGCAGCGACCUGACCAAUCCACACAACGUCGUCAAACAAGCGGCCCGCAACAUAGAAGCAACAAAGAGCAAGACUCAGACGCUUCUACAACCCUACAAGAAUCUUCGGAUAACGAAGCCGACGUAAAAGAAGCUGUUACAAAAGAUGAUAUUCGAGCUCUGCGGGCUCGCUUAACAAGCUGCUUGGAAAAUCUAACAGCAAAUCCGGCAAGUCAACCUCAACCAACAGCGACCGCGCCAGUGUCUCAGAUCUCAACCAACAAUAAGUCCCGACGAUCAGAUAUUUCUGAUCCUUAUCAAACACCAAAACAGCGUUUUUCGGAUAACGACGAUUCUCCGUGUUUGAAAGAGAAGAGUGAGCGAAACGUCUUAGGAAUUUUAUCAAAGAAGCUUGAUGUCAACUACAAGGGGACUCUGGAAUUUCCUUUUGAUGCUGCCAAAGUUGCUGCGCGAAUCGUUGGGCAUUUUCCGUGUAUCCCACUUCGCGAAUCAGAUCAACGUAGUAGCUAUAUCAAGACGUGUAUUGGUGUUUUGGUUCAUCGUCUAGAUCGAGCACGGGAAGUCCCUGAAGAAAAUCGAGAAAGGUCAGCAUCUGACGAGAUUAUGAAUCGUACAACGAGCAUUGAACGACGAGAAGAAAGUAGUCCUCCAAUUUUGGGCAGCAACGCCCAAGCCGACGAAAACAUUUUUGGUGAAGACGAUCAUUUGGCAAUGGCUGCCAUAGAUCAUCCUAGUUUUUACGCCGUUGAUUCAAAUAAUGAAGACAUUGACGAAAAUGGCAUGAGAUCUCAUAGCCCGAUUCUUGGCAUGGAUCAUGAAAAAACGCCACCUUUGGAACGAUUCUUCAAUGAGACCAUUCGUGGAGUGCGCGAGUUGGACAACGCUGGAGACUUCACUAUCAACUUUGGCCAAUUUGUACCUCCAACUGUCCCAAGAACUGAAGGCAAUAAGUCGCACCAAACGUCGACGACUAUAAUUGCCAAGACGAAUAGUCAGGUUUUGCGAGAAGGGCUCAGCGAUGAUGAUUCACCACAAAUUUUGUCUGGCUUUCAGCAAUUCUCCAGCCCUUCAGACGCGACUAGCCCUCCUUUCUUCGAUCAUUUUGCUGGGGGGCAAUCGUCACACAUUCAAGUGGAUUCACGGUCGUCCUCAACACCAUCAUUUCUCAAAGGAAUGGCGUUUACUUCAAGAACCUCAGAAGGGAAUCUAGCAAAUUUGAUGACUCCACAAUCGGAUUUCGGACAUCUAUUUCCACAACAAUCUCGACUUACAAACGCAAACUUUUCGCAAGCAAGGGCUUCUCAAUCUUCACGUGGAGCGUUUGAUUGGUUCAAUAAAUUUGACGCCAACAACCAAUUUGGA